CCGUUGAAGCAGUUCCAGAGGAUGACAACAGGUGGCGUAUUUGAAGUACAGGGGGUCCCAAGUGGUGGUGUCAAUACUGACAUGUUGCCACCAUCCCGUGUGGAUGACCUCGCGGUAGUGGAGGUUUCCUACGCUGACGCAACCGUGACGCUAAGCUGGACAGCGCUGGGGGACGACUUCGAUCAGGGAGGACCAGCCCACUAUGUGGAGAUCCGUUACGGUCGCCAUUUUGGCCAACUGGCAGACGACUUUCACGGGGCAUCCUCAGUCAACCACUCGCAAGUGCUGCAGGGAAGCCUGACGUCACCACCGGAACCCGGCUCGGCGCAGACCAUCGUCAUCCUCUUGCCUGACCGAGGCGACAACGUCACCUUCGUCUUCGCCGUGCGCAUGUGCGACGAAGCGAACAACUGCGGAGACCCCUCCAACAUCGUGUCGGCUAAUCUCGAGUUCAUCCCCGAACCCGUUUAUGUCAACGAUACGAUCACCUGGGUCAUUGUUGGCUGUGCGCUUGGUGUCGUAAUUGUUUUGGCCGCCAUCUUAGCCUGGUUCUGUUUCCGCAAAGCCCGCAGGUCUAAGCCGACAGAAUCCACCCAGGCAGCUUCCGGUAGGGAUAAUACGGCAUAUACAGUUUAGUUCUGUUCUAUUACCUUCGCAGAGUAUUUUGGGGCUUGUGUGCGUCUCUGUCCAUAACCUGACCAUUUAUUGACUUUGCAAACAUGCCAAAUAUAAUUAAAAUCCAUCCUAGACUUCUCGAGUUAUGUUGUUCACAGACAGACAGACAGACAGACAGACAGACAGACAGACAGACAGACAGACAGACAGAUAGUGGAUAGACACACGGCCCCAAAAAACUUCUUUGCGAAUGUAAUAGCGCAGCCAGUCGGGAACAACCUCACUGAGCAACAACGGACACUGUCUUUUGGCUCUACUAGUGCUGGCGUGAUCAACUGUCACUGAUCUAACCGUAUCUUUCUUCUGGAUACGUAUCGCUUCGACAUAGAUACACAUUCAAUAUUCAAAGAACAGGUCUGUUAAUUCAAUAUUGAAAGAACAGGUCUGUGUUUAAUUUGUGCUUUGCUAGUAUUCAUACCUCUUCACCGUAGCCGUGCCGCGCAUAACACAUCAUAAUACUGUACAAUGCAUAGUUGCGUUCAGACAAUGUGAUAGGUGAGGAGAAGACAGAACAAAACAUUUCUUGGUGGUUUGCAGUUCGUGGUGAAGUGGCCACCGCUAUAUCCACAAACAUGAAACUACUGCAAAUAUGUCUGCAUUGACAGUAGUUGAGCUGGCAGAGAAUUGCAUGUUGUAAUUCUGACAAUAUACAAUAACAAUAAUACACUGUGACUUAAUCAGUAUGACUGUUUACAUCCUACUAUUACUAAGUAUAAAGUAAGAGAUGUGAAAGAUAAAGGGUAACAUUGGCAGAUAUAUCGUUUGGAUUGAUAGAUGAAAACCAGAUGAAGUGUUGAUAUUCAUAAACAUAGUCAAGCAUCAAGUUUAGCAUGGUUCAUUUGAGAUGCAGGAAAAAAUUCUUCUUUACCAAAUCUAGACAUACGUAAAAUGUCAGGGAGAAGUUUUGGUCGGAAAGAAAGCUGAAAUAUUCCAAAAGCCCCAAAGAAAAUUUCUGUAUUACGGCGUCAUAAACUACAGAAUGAGACCUUCUGAUCGGUCGACGUCGCCUGGCUAUGUGACAGUAAUUUUUUAAAUGACUGAUGUAACUACACGCUUGCUACGCUGUUUUACCUGCUUAGUAAUAAACAAGGUAUUUUCUGGCAACAAGUGUGACUUGUCUGUUUACUUAUUUCUCUGCAGCAUGGUUGGUUUCGAGACUAUAAGGUUACGAAGUUACGAGACAUGUUUGUUGUUCAAUGAGGGCACUGGCAGAAAAUUGAGACCACGGAAAAUGCCGGUUGCGGACGACAAAAUUGCCUUGUCUUCGGUCAGAACAGUUACGUUACAGAUAUCUCACUAAGAAUUGAGCAAGAAACGUGUUAGUCUUAAUUAACAUUUACCAAAACGUACGCCCAUCUUUGGAAAUAUGGAUGACUAGAUAAAAUGUGGAUAUGAUUACAAUAUUGACCAAUAUCAAGUUUGUAAUGGAUCUAUUUAUACCUACAACAUCAGUCACAAGUUUGGUCCGACAAAAAUAGUGAAAUAGUAAUAAUUGCAGGCUUUCAUAUUUCAGUUAACUUCUUCAUGAGAUGCAUUGUUCAUAGCCUUUUCAAUUAUUGAUAAGUUCUUAUUCUGCAUAUAUGCUACGCUUGUUAGAAGUAUAUCGACAAAUAAAGCAG